CCCCCCUCCUUCUCUCUCUACAUUCUUCCCAGAUCGAGCAAAGAAAGAAAAAAUAAGCUCUAAUGUUGUUGAAUUUCUUUUAGUUCAAUUCCUCUGCUUCUCUUCUUUACAUACGUAUGUGUAUCUGCAGAGGCAUGAGUGUGCGUUAUCUUUGCAACUGCUACGUGAAAAAAGGCCAAGAGCUAGAGAUUAAAGAGCACCAAAUCUUUAAAGCGGAAUCCCGCUUACGUUAGCUCCCACAACAUUUUGUUCUCUUCCUCCUCCUCCUCCUCCUCCUCUUCUUUAUUUACUACAUCCACAACUACCCAACUCCGCCGCCUGCCUCUUCUCUCCGCCGGUGUGCGCAUUUUUUCUAACCCUUCACAGCUUUUUCUAUCUUAUAGUAGUAGAAGAUAAAACAAAGACGCAUUUACAAAUGGAAAUUAAUAAGCUUCUUUUGACAUUUGCUAUUUGUCGGUUGAUCGUAACCGUGGGGUUGACCGUGGACCCCGCGGAGCUUCUCCGGCUAGGAGUCGACGGUCAACUAAGUGUUGACCCCUCAGACGUGGAAAUCGCUUCUGUCGAUUUCGGCUUGCUUAGCCGAGCCGAGCCUAUGGCAGUAUUGCACCCAGCUUCUGCAGAAGACAUAGCACGGCUUGUUCGCUCUGCUUAUAAUUCAGCUACUGGAUUCACGGUGUCUGCUAGAGGUCAUGGGCAUUCCAUAAAUGGCCAAGCACAGACGAGUAGUGGUGUAGUGAUUGAGAUGAGCCGCCGCCGGUCUAGAGGAAGUCAGCUCGGCUUCGGCAAUCCGAAUCCUCCUCAGGUUUCAGUGAAAGAGAUGCAUGCGGACGUGUGGGGAGGAGAGCUUUGGAUAGAUGUAUUGAGGAGUACACUAGAGUAUGGACUCGCACCAAAAUCAUGGACAGAUUACUUGUACCUUUCAGUUGGUGGUACCUUAUCUAAUGCAGGGAUUAGUGGGCAAGCUUUCAAUCAUGGUCCUCAAAUCAGCAAUGUUCAUGAACUCGACGUCGUUACAGGUAAAGGUGAGAUCUUGACAUGUUCAGAGGAUGAAAACUCAGAGCUGUUCCAUGCCGUUCUUGGUGGUUUGGGUCAGUUUGGCAUCAUCACUAGGGCCAGAAUUUCUCUUGAACCUGCUCCCCAAAGGGUGAGGUGGAUCAGAGUACUGUACUCCAGCUUUUCGUCUUUUGCCAGAGACCAAGAGUAUCUAAUUUCUCUGUAUGGAAACCCACCAACCCAAAAAUUCGAUUACGUUGAGGGUUUUGUUAUUGUAGAGGAAGGUCUCAUUAAUAAUUGGAGAUCCUCUUUCUUUUCUCCUCGAAACCCAGUCAAGAUUAGCUCUAUUGCUGCUGAUGGUGGUGUGCUUUAUUGCUUGGAAAUCACCAAGAAUUAUCACCAAUCCAAUGUGGACACUAUUGAUCAGGAAGUAGAGUCUCUGUUAAAGAAGCUGAAUUUCAUUCCAUCAUCAGUGUUCACGACGGAUCUGCCUUACGUGGAUUUCUUGGACAGAGUCCACGACGCCGAGUUGAAGCUUCGGUCUAAAGGUUUGUGGGACGUUCCUCAUCCUUGGCUCAACCUCUUUGUCCCUAAAUCAAGGAUCGCUGAUUUUGACAAGGGAGUCUUCAAGGGCAUUUUGGACAAUAAAACAAGUGGACCCAUCCUUAUUUACCCCAUGAACACAAACAAGUGGGAUCAGAGGAGCUCCGCGGUGACGCCCGAUGAGGACGUGUUUUAUUUGGUGGCGUUUUUAAGAUCAGCUCUGGAUAAUGGAGAGGAGACCCAGACAUUGGAGUAUCUAAGCAAUCAGAACCGUCAGAUACUCAGAUUCUGUGAUGAUGCAGGGAUCAAGGUGAAGCAAUAUUUACCUCAUUACACUACUCAGCAACAGUGGGUGGACCACUUUGGUGAUAAGUGGUCCCAGUUUUACAAGAAGAAAAUGGAAUUUGAUCCCCGGCGCAUUUUAGCAACUGGCCAACGUAUAUUCACGCCCUCCUUUCUAGCUUCUUCAUCUUCUUCUGCUAACGUGGCCCCGUGGUAAUCGAGUUGACGACACGCACAGAUAUUUUUACUUACAGUACACCACCUAAUAUAGCAUAUACUGACUUAGGAAUAUCUUGUACAUGAGGGCAAUAUGGGAAAUCGAAAUAGUUAAUAAUGAUAUUAUUAUUAAGGAUUUAAUAGGAGAAAAUGGGAAAGGGUUUUGUUUUUACAGUGGGGUGGGGCUGUGGAGGAUAUGUUGCCUGUAUGGGUGCAAUUGAGAUCAGACGGAGGAGAGAGGGAUGGGGUCCAGAGAUGAUGGAGGAACACAUGUCAUGUCAUGUAGUUGACUGGAGUGACUGACCCCUGUGAUCUCGACCGGUCGUCUGCAGCUUCUUUAAGCACAGCUCAUACUAUGGUGGUUCCAGUUCCAUCCUUUUGGCUGUUUUUAACCCUUUUGGCUUUCUACCAAAUUCAACCACCAUGUAAUUUGCUUGUAGUUAAAAUAUUAUUUUGUCAUCUUAAGAAAUUACUAAUUAGCAAUC